GCGAAGCAGGCCGUGGCCACGCUCCUGCAAGAGGCGGGAGGGGUCGCGGAGCCGCGGGCCCCGACCAUUGCCACCGCUGGUGGGGGUAGCGCGGGCACCACAUACCCCGCGAGGGGCCCCUCCUCGGAGCGCGCCCGGGUCGGUUGGAGUCCGGCAUGGCCGGGCGCCCAGCGGACUUACUCCUGCCGCCUCUGAUUCUCCUGCUGCUGGGGACCCCUGCCCAAGUCUCCUGCGACUACCAUUAUUUUGGCGAGAAGAGCGGGGGCGACACCUGGGAGGAGCUGCGGCUGCAGCAUCAGGAGAAAGACGUGGAGGACUCGAUCCUUGGCCCGUGGGGAAAGUGGCGCUGUUUCUGCGACCUGGGCAAACAGGAGCGCAGCCGCGAGGUCCUGGGCACAGCACCGGGCCCGGUAUUCAUGGACCGCGAGAAUCUGGUGCAGGUGCGUCCCUGCAGGCAACUGGAUUGUUCAUCCUGCAAACCAUCCGAUUGCGACUGGAGGCCCUGAACCCGGGUGAGAGACCAGCGCAGAGGAGGCGGGGCCAGGGCGGGCUGUCAAGUGCAGGAUUGAGUCCCCAGGGUGGGCGGGGAAAGGGGAAGGGCCGCGGGUGCGGGCGGGUGCGAGGAGGGCCUUUAGGGCUGAAGCUAGAAGAUGGUUGGGAGGGGAGAGCUGAGUCAAGAGUCGUGAGCCCCCGUUGAUAUCCGGGGAGAAAGGAAGAAAGAUGGUGAGGGGCAGGGAGGGGGAUCAGAAAUGGAGGAACUGUGACCCUGAGGAAGGGGUAGGAGCCUGAUGCGGGUCAGGGACCCCAGGCUGAAGAUGUGAGUCCCGCUGAGACUCGAGAAUUGGUGGACAUGAACCCUGAACUGGGGGGAACAGCGCUGCCUGGUGGGCGCAGACUCUCAGCAGAAGUCUGUUGAGAUCUGGGAUCACAGUUGGGAGGGGGUUGGUGGGGGAGGCUUAGCCUCAGAGGUUAGGGAGCAGAGUGGGGGGCGGGGCGAGGGCGGGUGAGGUACUGAGAGGGAGAGAGAGAGAGAGUUGGACCCCAAAUCUGAAGGCCGGAGCUCAGUGGAAGUAGGAAUACCUAGUCCAGAGGGCUUAGACUGGGUAGAGUGGCAGGGACAGGGAGUACAACGAGCCAGCAUCCAGAUGGACAGGGGCCCAGUGAUGUGGACACUGGCAGUAUUCUGGCAAUAUAAUGGUAUUUGACCUUCA